CGGUGCGCAGCGAUGGCGGGGCCGCCCCGGCAGCGCCCGGGGGCCUGGGCGGCGUUGCUCUGCCUGCUGCUGGCCGGGCCCGCCGCCUGCACAGCCAGCCCCGCGGACGACGGCGCGGGCCCGGGGGGCCGGGGACCCCGGGGCCGCGCGCGGGGGGACGCGGCUGCCGACGAGGCGGUGCCGCGCCACGACUCCUCCUACGGCACCUUCGCCGGGGAGUUCUACGACCUGCGCUACCUGUCGGAGGAGGGUUACCCUUUCCCUACUGCUCCUCCUGUGGAUCCGUUUGCCAGAAUCAAAGUGGAUGACUGUGGAAAAACAAAAGGAUGCUUUAGAUAUGGCAAACCAGGCUGUAAUGCAGAGACCUGUGACUACUUCCUUAGCUACCGGAUGAUAGGGGCCGAUGUGGAAUUUGAGCUGAGCGCAGACACCGAUGGCUGGGUAGCAGUCGGAUUCUCUUCCGACAAGAAAAUGGGCGGUGACGAUGUCAUGGCCUGCGUCCACGAUGACAAUGGCAGGGUCCGCAUACAGCACUUCUAUAAUGUAGGCCAGUGGGCAAAAGAGAUUCAGAGAAAUCCUGCCAGAGAUGAAGAAGGAGUUUUUGAGAACAAUCGGGUCACCUGCAGAUUUAAACGCCCGGUCAACGUUCCCAGAGAUGAAACAAUUGUUGAUCUGCAUUUGAGUUGGUAUUAUCUCUUUGCUUGGGGUCCAGCCAUUCAGGGCUCUAUCACCCGCCAUGAUAUAGACUCUCCACCGACUUCAGAGCGUGUUGUCAGUAUUUACAAGUAUGAAGAUAUUUUUAUGCCCUCAGCUGCCUAUCAGACCUUCUCUUCUCCGUUUUGUUUGCUUCUCAUUGUUGCCCUGACCUUCUACCUAUUGAUGGGAACCCCUUAACCACAGCUGCAAAGCCAACAGAGUAAAUGGAUUAGGAAAUCUUUAGUGUAAAUAUAUUUUUAAAGAAUAUGCAGGAUAAUUUUAGCUUCUGUUAUUUAAAAAAGACUCAUCUGAUUUCAGCUUUUUGGAAGAAAGAGCAAACUUCUUUUCUAAUCAAAGAGGAUUGUUUAAUAAUGACCCCACACUUUUGGAAAGUACUUAAAACUUUUCUAAGCACUUUCAAAUAUGUUUUCUUAUUUGAGCUUCGUAACAUCUCUGAGUUGACUUGAUGAAAAUUAUUAUUGCCAUCUUACCGAAUGGGAUUUGAGACCCAGGAAGGCUGCCUUUUUAUGGCCCACAUGCCAUGUAGCUUUGGCUACUUGGUCAGAUAACACAUAGCGAGGUAGAGAAAGCUAGGCAUAGAAACCAUGUCUCUAAACAACCUUUACUCUUCCAAUUGCAGUUCAACAGACUUACUUGGAGUAUUACUAAAGAGAACUUCACUGGAUGGCCUUAGUUCAUGGUCAGCCUUUUAGGCAGAAGAACUUUGAAAUUUCCAUAAAGCAUAAAUGCUUUCGGAUAAUUACAUAGCUGAUGGGGAGAAUGGGGGAGAUUACAAUGGUAUUAAAAUGAUUCAUAUUUAUUUGAAAUUUCUUCUCAAUUAGUGAGUAGGUGCAAGAAAACGUUUUUAUUGCUGUUUGGAACAGUUAGAAAUGGAAUUGUGAGUGUUCCUGAAAAUGUAAAAGGAUAUUAAUAACAAAAAAUAUGGGCAUCCUUAGCAGUUAGAAUUUAGACUCUUCUACCACUGUAUUUUAUAUAUUAAGGUACUUAUCUGUGUUUAUAAUUCAUUCUGUUGUCAGAGUUGGUAUACAUUGAGUAGAAUUAAAUAUGUAAUCACCUUAAUAAAAUCACCUUAAUAAAAAUUUAUGGCAUUUUGAUAAUAAAUCAACAUUUUGAGGGGUUGUGGAGAUUUAGAGUAGAAACUUUUUAAAGAUGAGUUUUUUUUCUUUUUAAUUAGAAAAUGGGAAAUGACCCAUAAAGCGAAUUCACCUAGAAUGUCCAUUCAAAGUGUUCAGACUUGUAAAUUGGACUGGCAGUCAGCAUAAUUAUAAUAAUGCCUUGACUUAACGCAUUUUCUUUUUUUCAAAGGAACCCAAAUGUUCCUUUGUUCCACAUGUCUGUGUUAACAGCCCAUUUAGAGAAAAAGAGCCUAUGAGCGUACACUGCUGAGGCAUUUCCUUUGUGGAGUUCUGGAGUCCUCUGGCUUGCCCCCCAACCCUCAUUGCUUUAAAGCUGACUCCAGCUUUGUGGGUUUUGUGAUUAAACAACACUGCAGACUCUGAUUUCUGAUGCCAUCCUCGGAAUUCAUGUCAGUGGUGAACGUCUGCCGGUGGGGAGAGCUUUCACAUUCUUCUGGAGUUGAAUGAAAAUAAGGAAAACAUCAGGAUUCUGUGACAUUGCACAGUUUACCAAACUCUUCCGAGGACGUAGGAGAAAUAAUCCUUAUUGCAGAUGGGGAGAGAUUAAAUAACAUCAAGUGAGCAACGGAACAGGGUAAGAUUCAAAUUCAAGACAUCUGGUGGUGGCCCCACCUGACUACCAUCGCCUCCCCUAACCGAGUCCUCCUGUCAUGGCUAAGGAUGGCCUGUGUAUCACCUUCUAAGUUAUAGCGGUUGUUUAGUAGUGAGGAUCCUGAGUAUACAGGUGCCCACGUUGUAAAUAAGAAAGCAAAUAUUUUUAUAUUUCACUCUCUUAUUUGUAUCAUAUUUCAGCUAUAAAUAGAUUAAAACUAAAGAGCAACUUGGCUAGUCUCUGUAGCAGGCAGGGAAGGAAUAACUUAAUGGAUUGUCCUUCUGCUUACAUUUCAAGUCAAGCUAAUUAUUUCACAAAUUGUUUUCCUACUUUGAUGACCAGUUUUGUGUAUUUGUGCUUAGAACUUUCUAGGACUUCUCAUUGCCAUUAGGGUAAAAUGCAAACCAUUUGAUUACCUCCAAUAUCCUCUUUGCCACCACUCCUCGCUUGCUAUGUCCCAGCAAAACUGAACUGCUCUGAGUUCUUCAGACCUGCUUUCUCACCUCUCAGGAUGUUCCCUGGGCCCAAACAUUCUCCACUUCCUGUGCUUGCUGAACUCCAACUCAUCUUUCAGGUCACAGCUUAAAUAUUCCUUCCUCCAAUUCCUGGACUAGGUAGGGUUAGUUUCCCACCAAUUGCUCCCAUAGCACACUGGGCUUCCCAAUCAUAUUACUCAUCACUCUUUAUUGUAGUUGCUGGCUUGUCCUCCCUGCUAACUCCCUAAUGCAGGGACCAUUUCUUGUUACUUGUCAUUGUAGCAGACACUACUACAUAGUACGGACUCGGCAAACAUUUGUCGAAUAGAUAAAUAAAUGAAACUAUGCUUGUAUGGCAAGUUCAUUUGGUUCAGAAACCUUGUAUUUCAUGAACAUUGCCUGACUGGCUAACGUUUUUAUUUUCUUCCAUCUGUGAUCAAACGAUUCCGUUAACAAACACCUAACUUUGUCUUGAAACACAAAUAGAAAGAUUGUUAGUAACAAUGCUGCUUUGCCCCGCAGUGCACCUUAAUUGACAUUUUUAACAAUAAUCAUUAUUCAGAAAUAAGAAUUCACAGAUCAGGGAUGCAGAACAGCAUUUGACCAUCAUCUUAGAGAAUCUUCAAUUUAUAGACAUUCUGAAAUGAAAACUCUGUACUUCAAUUUCAUUCAUUCUUACCUAAUAUAAGAGAAUAAACUUCUGUUUUAUCUCUUUAUUCCAAUUUUCUGACAUAGUACUUGUCACAGGGGAGAUGCCUCACCAAUAUUUUUUGUAAAAUGCCUAAAUUGAGUAAUGAUGCUAGCUAAAUAUAUCUGGUGCUGUUCUAAGCACUUUACAUGGAUUUAUUCAUUUAAUCCUCACAACAACCAGAGGAAGUAGAUUCUGUUAUUAAUCCCAUUUAACAGAUGAAGAAAUUGAGGCUAGUCAUUUGGCAUACAUUACCAGUGCUGGCAAGGACGUUAGAGACCAUUUCAUGGGCUAAUUUUACAAAGGGGCAGCAGAGGAGGCCUGGGGAGGUGACAUGAUUUCCUCCACAUUCAUGCCUUUAUGCACACUCAUUAAACGGUUUGUUAAAUGGAACCCACCAUCUACAUUCAACUUAGACAGGUGCUUUUUUCCCCCUUUACUACUUCACAAUGACCAGGAGGACUUUUUAUAGUUGUAUUUGGGGAAAGAGGUACAUUUUACUUUCUAUGAACUUUCUUCUCUUCUUAAAAACGUUUAAAUUCUUUACCAGUCAUUUUAGUGCUUUUAAUAGUUUUUUGUUUUUUUGUUUUGUUUUUGUUUUCAGUAAUACACAGAUUGGACAAGACUAGAAGAAUGUAUUUGUCUUAGUUAAUUUUUAGCAGUGACUUCCCUAAAGCCCAGGUCUUCUAACUUGGAGCCCAAUGCCCUUCUAUUGCUCCCUUGUAAUCUCAAAGAUGAAUUUAUGAACACAAUUUCAGACAAAAUGCAGGAGCCAUAUUUAAUUAUCUUGAGAUGGCUCUUGUCAUUAAGGAAAUCAGAAAGUUUGGACAACUCAUGGAUGGAUUUCCAUCCCAGAUGGUUUUUACUAUAUUUCUGUAAUUAAGUUUACUGUCUAUAUUCAGGAUUUUGUGCUUAAGAGAUAUUACCACUGAGGUGUGUUAUUCUUCACUCUAGCCUAGGGGUCAACAAACUUUUUCUCUAAAGGGCCAGCUGGUAAAUAUUUUAGGCUUUGCGAUCUCUGUUUGAGCUGUUCAACUCUGUCACAGUAAAGUCAGAGCUGGCUAAGCAGCAGUUUCAUUUUACCUAAGCUGUGGCAAUCAUGAGGGACAUUUACUAUUGAAUUGCUUUUCAUGGUGGGGAUUACAAUGUUUCAGAGUAAUUUAUUUCCCUGUAGACAUUUAAAAAAUGUAGACUUUUUAAAAACUGUUAUCAAAAUCUGUUUCACCUACUGGAGUGUUUUACACCUGUUACUAUAGUAUCUACCUUGUGUAUCAUAAUGAAAAAUGUUUGAGAACCACUGCAAUAGGCCAAAUGCUGAGAUGUGUAUACUUUGUUGUAUAUAAUUGUAUUGUAUAUCCUUGUUCUCUAAACAGAACUGGUUAUGUUUAGUGAACAGUUUGAUUAUUAUCAGUGUGUUUGUAUAUAUUUGUAUAUACAUGACAAGGUAUGUGUGUUUUUAUACACAAAUGCCUAUGUAUACGUACCAUGACCAUCUGAGGGUCUUUGUCAGGAUUGUUUCUGUUUCUGAUCUCUUGAAUGCUUUAAAACCCAAGAGAUAAAACAUAUGUGUAUUACAGGCAAAACUACCCUUGAGUUUAUAGUAAUUUAGUUUGUAGAAAGGAUUCCUGGAUCCUUUAAUAAGAUUUGCCUCCUCCACUCAACAUUAUAUGAAUUGUGAAGAAUGUAUAAAGUAUCAUUGUUGAGUUUGACUUUUCUAUACUGUUAGUUAAGAAACUAAGACUAGUGUUAACUGAGUAAAUGGCAUGUUGAUGCAACCUAUCCCUGUUUUGUAUUUAAUUAGAUUCCUUAUUCAGUUAUUCAAUUAUUUAAUUUCAAGUCAGACUUGUUUUUAUAUUUAACAAGUGACUUAAGUUAUAAGUUCUUUUCACAAAAAUAAUGGCUAUGCUAAUGUGAUUUUAAAUAUGUCUGGGGACUGAAAAAUUGAAGUGAAUCAUCAAGCUCUUUGGGAUUUUUCACUUAAAAUAGACUGAUGCUUGACUGCUUUCAGUUUUCCACCUGGAUAUUUGCUAAUAGGUGAAUAGCUGUUCAGUUCCAUCUUCUGGAGAGUAAGCAAUACCCUAGGGUUACGGGGUGCUGGUGGCUGUGGCAUUCACCCAGGUCACGAGGGCGGUAACCAUUUCAUCACAUACAAUGUGCUGGCCCCCUGGAAGAUGAAUGCAGCUUCUCCACAUGCCUUAGUCCCACAGACACACACACAUGCUGGGACAAUCUGGCUCCAGGAGUAUUAAUAUACUUUUUUGAGACUGUCUACAAAAUACAUUUUGUAAAAACAAUGCCUUUAAAUAGACAUUGAUGGGUUAUAUUUCUUUUAUAAUAAUUGUGUACCUAAUGUUCAAUUGUGAUUGAUUUUGAAAUUUAUGUAUAUUUAUAAGCCUGUCCUAUGUGAAUUUUUACUCUGUGUGGUACCUUACUAAUAAGGACAUGGAUUUCUAUUUACAUAAAGUGAUUGUAGCAAUAUUCCUAGAUGCUCCUAAACGAUUGUUCUGUUUAUUUGCCAUCACAAAUACUUUUAUGUUUAGAGGAUUAUGUUAUAGUUAGAAUAUAUUAACUAGAUUUAAACUUUAAAAUAUACAUUCUCAACAUGGUUUGGAAUUCUUCCUCUUGACGUAAUUAAAGUUAGUUUAUAAUUCCUUA